UGUCUGGGCAUUGAAACUCUAUCUGGAAGCAUUGUAGUCCAUCAGUUGGUAUCUGUAAGACUUGGCAGUGGCUUAAGGAGGUUUAAUGCGUGUCUGGUAACAUCUCACCUGCUUUACAAUUCUAUUGAUUUACAUAGAACGAGCACUGUCCAAUAUUACAGGUUGGAUCUGUCAACAGCGGGGCGACAGUUCCUUAAUGAAUUCGUACAACAUGUGGCCCACUGAUGGGGCAUUCUGGCCAUUAUUUAUCGUUGUUUGUGGAUAUUUUGGAGUGGUAGACCAUUAACGACAUUCCCCAUUCGAUUUGGACAUUUGGUGACAUUGAAUUUCGAUGAAUUUGGAUCAUAUUGAGGAUAUUUUGGUCCAAUAGUGUCCUACUUGAGAUCGAGAUGUCCGAGAGGUGUUAAAAUUAGCAGUAAAUAACAUGUGCAGUUUAAGUCUGUUGUUAAUUUUCAAUGCGAAACCAGAUGUUGUUCCCGCAGUCAGUAGAAAUGUGCCAUGACAUAUUGGACAUUGUUUGGACAGUCAAAGACAUUCAAUUAUGACAACAAAUGGUCUAUAAGCAGUCAGUAAGGUUUUAGCUGCAUGGACACUGGGUAUUUUAUGAAAAGUACACGAGCAUGGUUUUAGCGCGAGACUUGAUUUUUUGUGAAAAGUGAGCAGGGUUUUAGCGUGACAUCAGAUGUUUUAUGAAAAGUGAGCAGGGAUUAAGCGUGACAUCAGAUGUUUUAUGAAAAGUGAGCAGGGUUUUAGCGUGACACCAGAUGUUCUGUGAAAAGUCUGUAUGGAUUUAGCUUGACACCAGAUGUUCUGUGUAGAGUCUGUAGGGAUUUUAGCAUGACAUCAAAUGUUUUAUAAAAAGUGAACAGGGUUUUUAGCGUGACUCCAGAUGAUCUAUGUAGAGUCAGUAGGGAUUUAGCGUGACACAAAUCUGUGAAGAGUGUGUGGGUUCUAGUGGGACAUCAUAUGUUCUGUAAAGAGUUGAUAGGAUUUGAACCUGACUCGGGAUGUUCUGUGGUACGUCAGUCAAUGUGGCGCAUCAUCACGUUGAGGAUUUAAUGUGCCAACACACUCCACCAUACUGAGGCAUGCUGAUGAGUGGGAGAAUGGCAGCACGGGUGCUCUACAUGCACAGGGAUCAGCAGAAAACGCGGCCACAUAACCAUGACAUUGAAGGCGAUGGUGCCAUGUAUGGACAUGGAUCGUAUCGCGGGGGAAGAUCGUAUGGGGCAUUUCAGCCCGGGCCCUAUCUCCAAAAAAGUACAGGGCAUCGUCGCUACCCAGGGGCAUUUGGUACGGCCAACAAAGGUUCCUACCUUCAGAAUGCUGAUUCUGGACAGGUAAAGCCCAAAGUAAUCACAAUUGUACGAAAUGGUGCCCGACCCAGAAACAAUAUUAAGAUUCUGCUUAAUCGACGGAGUGUACAGUCAUUCGAACAACUCAUGUUGGAUGUUUCUGAAGCUUUCGGUCCUAAAUACAGGAAUAACAAAAUGGAAAAACUGUACACGAUUCGGGGCAGGGAGGUUCAAGGAAUUUCAGACUUUUUCCGUGAUGAAAAUGUGUUUGUGGCAGUGGGUAUCGAAAAACUAUCAGGGGGAGAUCUCAUUGACAUUAUAGAGGAGAUCGAUUUUCCGGAUGCACACACAGCUAGAAUGAUUAUCAAAGAUUUGGAAAAACAAAAACGGAAAUGGCUGGCGGAGAACGAUAAGCGGGACAGUGGGUUCGGUGAAGGAAGCGACGGAAGUAAUCGUGACCUAGAAGGCAAUGAUUACAUCAUCUACAAAGGUCGUCCGGUCGAGAAGGGACGUCGCAGACAUGAUUAUCCUAAAAACGAUGCGUUAGCUAACCGACUGGAAAAGGACAAAGACAAGGCAGCGCAUGAGGAACGCGAUCGUGCUAAACGACGACAACAACACAGAAUGGAGGCUGAACGACGAACAAUGGACGAUGAAAGACGAAAGAGGGGACUGGUUCCCAAAGGGACAGAUGAACAGGUCAAACGCUCAAAGGAGCAGAGAGAUCGUGACAAAGACGACCUAAGAAGGAAAAAGGAAGAAGAAAGACAGAAGAGACUAGAGGAAGAAGAAAGAGAAAGACAGAAACACGAACAGGACAGAGAUAGGGCAUUAGAAGCGGCCAGAGAGAGAAGAGCAGCCGCAGAAAAGGCUGAAAAGGAGAAGGCUGAAAAGGAAAGAGCGGAACGAGAAAAGGCUGACAAGGAGAAAGAGAAAAAUAGAGAAAAAGAUGGAAAAAGUGAAAAAGAUGACAAAGAAGGAGGUGAUAAAGAAGUGCAGAGAAAGAAAAAGUCAAAAUCUAAGAUUGUACGCAAAACUAAGUACGAGCGUCAAGUUAGUGGGGAUAGUCACAUACUGAGUAAAUACGAUCUCGGCAAAACUCUCGGUGACGGCAACUUCGCCAUUGUGAAGCAAGCAACACUUAAAAACACUAAAAAUGAGUUUGCUAUGAAAAUUAUUGACAAAGCAAAGUUAAAGGGUAAGGAACAUAUGGUGGAAAAUGAAAUAGAAAUCAUGAAAGACUGUCAACACCCGAACAUAGUCAAGCUUUACGAAGAAUACGAAACCAUCGACAAAAUCUACCUCGUCAUGGAGCUUGUUAAGGGAGGGGACUUAUUUGAUGCCAUCACCCAGAGUGUGAAGUUUGGAGAAGUGGACUCGGCCCACAUGGUCAAGGAUCUAUGUAACGCCCUGUUCUAUCUCCACUCACGGUCAAUAGUACAUCGAGAUCUGAAACCAGAAAACCUUUUGGUACAUCGAAACAAAGACAGCACAAUUACGUUGAAGCUGGCAGACUUUGGUUUGGCGAUGGAUGUGAAGGACCCUAUAUACACCGUGUGUGGUACUCCGACUUACGUAGCACCAGAAAUACUUUCAGAAAUAGGUUACGGCCUGGAGGUUGACAUGUGGGCCGUGGGCGUGAUCUGUUACAUCCUUUUAUGUGGAUUCCCUCCCUUUAGAAGUGCCGACAGAAACCAGACAGAGCUGUUUGAGUUCAUCAAGGCGGGAGAAUAUGAAUUCCUGAGUCCCUACUGGGACCAGAUAUCUAGAGGUGCUAAGGACCUGAUAGAGCACCUGCUGAUCGUAGAAAAGAAGAAACGUUUCACGGCCAUCGACACCCUGUCACACCCCUGGAUCAUGUACAACGGAGACAUGGGAAAAAUAACCGACAACGCAGAGCUUGAAAAACUCAAGACGAAAACAAGAAACGAACUUGAGGCUCUGGCUAAGACAAGUUAUGAUUCCUAUAUGAAAGUCAAGGAGAGGCGGGGCUAACUGUUUCUUCACUGUUAAAAAUAGGUCAAGACAUUUUUGAUAUUUUGCCGAGUCGUCGACUUGAGAUACAAUGUUUUCUUUAUGUACUGUUUUAGGGGUACAAGUCAUUUACACUCAUAGACAACUUUUUAUAUUUUUGCGAUCAUUUUAUAUGUGAAUACCUUUCUGAUCAGUCACCAUUUUCCGUCCAUGAACAACAUUUUUGUUUGAUCAUUACAUGAGAGUCGCUGAUGAUAUUCUGUUAUUUUAGUUGAUAACAAUGUAAACAUGUGUUGUCAGUUACUGAACAUUAUUCUAUGGAGAGACUUCAUUGAGUCCUAACACUUUGUAUUCCAGUAAAUUAAACACAUUCCCGCAGUAACUAUAAACUAAACCAGUUAUUAGAUAUCUUAUAAGGUUACUUGUAUCAUUUCAUGUAUAAAAAGUCCAGUUUUGAAAUUUACCGUGAUUGUGGACAUUUAAAUCCGGAGAUUGUUCCUUGUGAGUUAUCUCCCCUUGAUCGUGAGAUAUUGGUAUUGGUCUCUGUUUUAGUCGGUCAAUUACCUAGGAAAUUAGAAAUAAACAUUAUCAUUCCAAAAAUAUAUUCUUUAAAAAAAAAUGUUAGGCUAGAUUAAAUGUAAAUGUAGAAUUUAACUUUAAUCGAAGUUCAUCAAUUAAAAUAAUUUGUACUUUUUCAUUCAUAUUACCAGUUCCAUAUUUUAAAUUUUGUAUUGGCAAUUAAAACAAAAUGAUUCCUUAGUUGUAUAAAUAAGAUCAUAUUUUACUUAGGUCCUCGUAAAAAAUCGUUUAGUGUUUUAGUCUUCAACAUAAUAAGAAUCUGCUAGAUUUUUUUGUUCAUAUUUUAUUGAAUAUUUACUUCAAUAACGACAAACCCAAUACCUUUGGUAUUGAAAGCAUGCAGUUUUUUUGGAUAAGAGUUUCAGCACUUUUGCCGUGACUUAAAUGCCAACUUUAUGUACAUGUUUAAAUUUUGACCGUCUGUUGGUAAGUGUGAGGACACAGUGUCUCAGUAGGUGCUACUGAUAGUGGUACUGAUCAAAAUCACAUAUUUGUAACCUAGGAGACAGAAACCAGGAACGAUUGAUAUAACUAUUCCCAAUCUAUGUCUCGUAUAAACUCAUUCACCCCUGAACACACAUUUGAACUCUUCCAAAUCAAAGGUUGGAAUAGUUCAUUAUGAAGUUAGUUUAAGGGGCGAAUGAGUUAAUUCACAUACUUGUUUGGAAUACAAAGGGGGAUAACUGUGAAAAGACAAAAGAGAUAUUGUAUGAUUUGAAACAAUGAGGAAAGCUACAUGUAAAUAGUUCUACAUAUACAAACAGGUGGAAAUCUGUGUUAUACUGUGUGCAACCAUAUAUAUUGUAUUCUUUUGUACUAUAUAAAUAUUUUUUUCUCACUUGUGCCAAAAUAUAAAAACAAUAGUUGUAUCGAAAAGUCAGAGUAACUUCUAGACCACUGGUCAAGAGACUUUUUAAGUGAUGACCAGACAAGAAGAAUUCACGGUCUGGUCACUGGAUGUCAUGGACAGCGAAAGGUCUGGUCUGAUGCAUUGAUAACAUCGGGUAGAAUAAAAUUUAUUAUUGUCCCUUCUACAUACUACACAGAAUUGUUUUAAAAUAAUUGAGCAAUGAACUCAUUCACCCCUGAAAACACAUUUGAAUUCUUCCAUUUCAAAGGUUGGAAUAGUUCAUUAUGAAAUUUCAGGGGUGAAUGAGUUAAGGCAUGAUAGAACACCAGAAUUAUUCUAUCAGAAUCAGCAAUACACAGAAUUCUUUUUGUUUUCAUAAAUAAGAAAAUAUUGAAGCACCUUUUAUACGUUUUAGUAAUAUUUUACCAAUUUAACAUAAAAAAAGAAUAUAUACCAGUUGUAUGUUCCAAUGAAAAUCAUUAAAGAGGAUGAUCUCACAAGAGAUAAGAGGUUGUAAAAUUUCUUACUCUAGAGGUGGUUGAAUACUCAGGUGUCAGAUUUGACAGGUUUCAUUGUACAUUGAUAAUAAAUUCUGUUAUUACAGUGUGGAUCGGCUCCAAUAUAAA